AGAAAAAAAGGAUGCCAAAAAUUCAAAAAAAAAAGGUCUUGGCCAAUGAGAUUCCCUUUCCCCGGAAAUGGGUAAAAGAGAGAGAUGGGAGAGCUCUCUUUCUGCCCCUUGUUUCUUUUUUUUUGCUUUUUAUCCACUACUGAUCAUGGCCAACAAACUAUCACCCGCAGGAAAAAGAUUAGCCACGAUUAUCGUGUCGGCCCCUUUUGUGGUUGCCACUUCAUGGAUAUUAUAUAAGCGUCUGGUGCUGGGUGAAGAACCAAGAAAAGCGGAUGGUAGAGCAGUACGGCCUUUAGGUGUUCGCGAACUCCAAGAAAGAGAAAAUAACAACAAAAUAUAAAAAAAAAAAAAAAAAUGUGUAGUUAUUAUUCAACAAAAAAAAA